AUGGUGAUUUAUCCUUGGCUUAAGAACACUACAGAGUUGACGAUUGCUCUUCCCAAGAAGCCCAUCAUUCAUGCAAAUAUGGAUGUGUUAGGUUCUCCUCGGGGCGGAACACCGACAGGCGAACAUGAAAUAAAUGCACAAGAUGGAAGCCCGAUAAACUUUUCACCCUCUCCUGACUUUUGUUGGCUCUGCGAUGAGCUAUUCAUCAAACUAGAGGAAGUCGCACUAAAAAAGAAGGACCUAGGGAAGCCGCGGAAGGUGCGUAACCUAGAAAUCACUUCGAACUUUGUAAGUUUGUGGAGGAAGACUGUCGGUAAUGAUAUAUAUCCAGCUUUAGUUUUAAGCCUACCAUACAACGAUCGUCGCUCGUAUCGCGUGAAGGAUGUGACCUUAGUUAAGGCCCUUUGCAAACAUAUGAAGCUACCAAGAAACUCUGAAACAGAACGCCGUUUGCUACAUUGGAAACAGAACGCCCCAAGAGGAGUCAAACUGUCCACUUUUUGCGUUGAAGAGCUACAAAAGCGGCGACGAGAACCGGUUGUGCCGAAAAGAAUGUCGAUUGAUGAGGUUAAUGGAAUGUUGGAUAAGCUUGAGCAUGAAAGUAACGUUGGAAAAUGGAGUUAUAUAAGCUUGGCAGAAUCUCCAGCCUUUAACUACUGCUUGGAGCACAUGAGUUACGUUGAGCUGCGUUUUUUUUUUGAUAUAGUAUUGAAGGUGCCCAUAGUCAGCGGUCUUGAAAGUCUGCUUCUCAGUUGCUGGCACCCGGAUGCUGAAAGCUACUUUAAAGUUGUUUCAGACCUUCGAAUUGUUGCACAUACGCUAUAUGACCCCAACGAGCGGCUUGAAAAGAAUGACCUCUCAGUCCGGAUAGGCUACGCCUUUGCUCCACACAUGGCGCAGCGCGUAAAGAUUCCUUAUGAGAAAGUUUCCACAAAACUUGGCAAUGACUUCUACGUGGAAGAGAAAAUGGAUGGCGAUCGAAUACAGGUGCAUUACAUGGACUAUGGAAACUCAAUUGCGUAUUUUAGCCGAAAUGGAAUAAACUAUACGUAUUUGUAUGGCGAAAACUCUUCCAAAGGAUCAAUUUCGAACCAUUUAAAGUUUGUUGAAGGUGUAAAAGAGUGCAUUCUCGAUGGCGAAAUGGUCAGUUAUGAUAAGGAAAUGCAAUGCAUACUUCCUUUUGGUUUAACCAAAUCAGGCGCAAGUCACCAAGUAAAUUUUGAAACUACAGGCCACACGGAGCCGACAUAUCGGCCUCUGUACGCAGUGUUCGAUUUGCUUUAUCUCAACGGACAGUUAUUAACUAACCAAGACGUAGUAAAGAGAAAAGAGUAUCUUGAAAAAAUUCUCAUUCCAUCUAAAAAUGUGGUUCACCUACUAAGUGGCCCUAGAUGCUCGGAUGCAGAGGCGAUAACUGCAGCUUUAGGUGCUGCGGUAGCCCAUGGAUCAGAGGGAAUUGUAUUGAAAAAGGCCCGUUCCAAAUACAGUGUUGGAAAGCGAGAUGAUUCCUGGAUCAAGAUAAAACCGGAAUACUUGGAGAAUUUCGGAGAAAACAUGGAUCUAGUUGUUAUUGGGCGUGAUAAAGGGAGAAAGGAUUCAUUUAUAUGUGCACUGGCGGUUACUGAUGACAGUGAAAAAAACAAUCCAUCUUCGUAUGAGUCCGGAAGCGAUAGUGAUUCCGAUUCUGAACCAAUAAUUGUUCAACCGAAGAUCGAGAAAUUUAUCUCAUUCUGUAGCAUUGCGAAUGGUAUUUCAAAUGAAGAGUUUAAGGAAAUAGAUAGAUUGACGCGAGGGAACUGGUUUCCAUAUGAUGAAAGAAAACCGCCUACGGAUUGGGUAGAAUUUGGUACAAAGACACCUAGAGAAUGGAUUGACCCGAAGAAUUCAGUUGUGCUAGAGGUAAAAGCUAGGUCUAUCGAUAACGAAGAGUCAAAGUCAGAUCUGUACAAAACAGGAAGCACACUUUAUAAUGCAUACUGUAAGCGUAUCCGACACGAUAAAAAUUGGUCCACUGCCAGUACAGUUGCAGAGUAUGACACCGCAAGGGAAGCCAGGAGUUACUUUAAUGUUUCCCAAAAUGCGAAGUUCGGUAAAGACAGAAGUUCUCCUCGAAAAAGGAGGACGUUCCAUCUGGUAGGUGAUAUUGACGUUACUAAGCCUUCAAAGGCGGACUUUUUGAAAGGUUACUACUUUUACGUUACGAGUGGGUAUUUUGACCUACAGUCAAAAAAGAACAUCGAUGCGUCAGAAAUUGGCGAGGCAGUAGUCAGCUGUGGGGGAACUUAUAUACACAACCUAAGGAUCCGGGCAAGCUUAGACAAGCUUUAUAUCCUUGGCUGUAAAGAUACAAGAGAGUUGAAAAUGCUCAUCGAACGAGGUUAUGAUAUUAUACACCCGGAGUGGCUCAUGGACUGUGUCAAAUAUGGUACCAUGCUACAGAUAGAACCUAAAUACGUCUACAGCGCCUCUGAAGAACUAAUGAAACAAGCUCGUAACCAAGAGGACAAAUAUGGAGAAAGCUAUCAGUUACCCGUAACGGAGGAUACGCUUAAGGCUUUGGCCAAUAAGCAGGUGGAAGAAGGAUAUGCAUCAGAAAUGGGUACAGACGCAGUGUCAGAGUAUGAAAGACUACUGAUCUUCAAGGGUUGGUUAUUUUAUAUACUGGACGACUAUGCGUACCAUAGUUCGUGGUCAGAUAUCGUAAAGUGGAAUAUUGAGUCGUGUGGUGGUGAAGUUACCAAUGAUCUUGAACUGGCUACGAUAGUUGUAGCUGUGAAAGAUUGCUUUUCGCAACUGUCACUUCAGGCAGUCCGGAAUAAUAUAGGAGCCAGGAUAACAGGUAGUAAUGAUGUUCAGCCCAUUCCUAAAAUUGUGACAAGCGAGUGGGUUGAGGCUUGCAUGGAAGCGCAAUACUUAGUAGAUGAGGAUGAAUAUGCUGCCAUAUAG